AUGAGAACACCAAUUGUAAAUUCAAAAACGGUGUGGAUGGAUUGUCUGUCUACGUUACAAGUGGUUUUAGUGAUGUGUAUUGUGUCUGUCCAUUUGACAGUGGCAUAUAACUAUUAUCGUUCACCUUAUACAGAAAGUUUCAGACAUGACGGACGAACUGGAAGACGUUCAAGUUUCUCUCGAAAUCCUCCACAGUUAUCCAGAAACAAUCCCUUAUUUAAUAUUCAAGGAUUUCCAAAGAGACAAGAUAUGUGUUCUGUGAAUGGACCAAGUGAUAUAAGACGGUUACUACCAGGACGAUUUAUGUCUGAAUCAGAACUCCUGUCUAUUGUUCCUAAUAGUUUUAAUAAGAAUGAACAUAAGCCAACUUAUACCAGUUUAAAACGGAUUGUUGUCAGUCGGUUUACAGAAUCUGGCUUUAGUAAACCUGGUACUGCACAAUAUAUUAAUGACGGAAUAUGUGGCUGUUGUGUCACAGAAUUGAGUUAUGAGAUUAUGACAGAAAUAACAGAUUUUAAUGGUCAGAAUCACACCAUUAUUAAUUUUAAUAAUAGUUAUCAAUUUAUUCCUGCUGGGAAGUGUUCAAAUGAAAAUGCACCCUGUGCUGGCGGAACUGCAAGAUGUAAACAAGUUACAAGAGCACAUUGGAGUCUUGUGUGGACUCCAUCCGUUGGAGCUCGUUUGGUCGCGCAUGAAGUUCCUUCACAUUGCCAGUGUAUAAAUCUAGGAGCAGCAGCAUCAGCGCCUUGAAUUCCCUUGACAAAUUGAGAUGUACAUAAUGUAUAUAAUAUUUUGUAAUUGUAAAUGUAUUUGAAUAUAUUUUGUAUAUGAAAGUUAAAAUAAAUUAUUGCUUAAAU